CGCAAUAAAAUAUCGUCACUUAAUGAUUAAGACACCAUAAAGAAAAAGUAAUUAAUAAAAACACUACCUCUUUCUUAUUAUCUUGUAAAUAACAAGAAUAAAAAGAAAUACUGGACUCAAAUAAAAGUAUUAUCGCAGCUGCACACAAGGCAGCAAUUGAGUAAGCAGCAAUCAAUAAACAGAGGUGAACAGUCAACAGCCACAAAAUGGACAACAAUCUGCGUAGCGCAAUUAUAAACGAGUCUCCAAUGCUAGCCACGCCCUACGGCAAUGUGCGGUCCCUUGCAGCGCCCCCUCCCGUUCCACAGUCACCCUUUCAACAACAGCAGAGCGCCUAUAGCGGAUACGGUGGAGGAUAUGGCAACGUUGGCAGCUAUGGACUCGGUAUUGGUGGAUACAAUGGAGGUGGAUAUGGUGGCGGCUACGGUGGGGGCUACGGUGGAUUUGGUAUGGGCGGCCUGGGUGGCUAUGGCGGUCGUGGCUACGGCGGGUACAGCAGAUUUGGUAGCAUGAAUCCCAACGAUCCCGAACAGCGUUUCAUACAAAUGGCUGAGGCAAGCUCGCGUCCCGCAUUCCAAAGUAUCGAAUCGCUGGUGUCGGCUAUCGGGAAUAUUGCAUCUAUGUUGGACUCGACAUUCUUUGCGUUAACUAGUUCCUUUCGUGCGAUUCUUGGCGUGGCUGCCAACUUUGGACGUUUGCGCAGUGUUUUUGGACAGUUCUGGGCAUCGUUUGCCAUCUUUCGCGGCUUAAGAUGGAUCUACAGGAAAAUACUAUAUUGGCUGCGUAUUUCGCAUUUGGAUCCAUCGUCGAAGGCUUUUAAGAAAGCGUUUGCCAAAGCUCUCAACGAUAAUAACAUGCAAGAAAGUGGUGCGCCACAUCCGCCACGGAAAGGCACAUCCGCAUGGCCGGUUCUAGCAUUCAUUAGUUUCAUCUUUACCGCACCUUAUCUCAUCAUGAAAUUAUUAGGCACCGUUACGAAUACGGCGCAAGAAGAAGCUCGCAAUCCGGCCAAGUGGAUCGCCCCAAUUCGGACGCAGGCAGUCUACGAUUUUCAGGCGCGCAACCAGGGCGAAUUGACACUGCGUUCUGGUCAGACUGUACAGGUGGCACCGCGUGAGAUACAACAAACCCUCCAACUCUUAAACUCAGGCUGGGCCAUCGCAUCCAUAAAUGGUCAGAGCUCAGGCCUAAUACCCCUCAAUUAUGUGAAAUCGCCACAGCAGUUGCGACAGGAGCAACAGGAACCCGUUAAGCCACCACUACAGCCACAGCCGGAGCUGAUGAAUCUGUCGGCAAAUGCAUUCCCCAACCCUCCAUUUGACCAACAAAUGAACUACGACUUCAACUUGGCCUGUCAGCAACAGCAGCCGCUGGGUCCGCCAUCCACAAUGGCAGUGACUGGGCUAGAAGAUGGCUUUGCCUGAGGAGAGGAACAGCCUUGACUACUUAGCUUUAAGCCAAAGGAUUUGGUGUGAAGAAGAAAGGCGUCACCUUCAUACUGUUUUGUUAGUAAGCUUAUUUAAUUUGCUCAACAAUUACACUCUCACAUUUCCCA